AUGGCUGAGGCGUUGCACGAGAGACACUUCUUCGACAAGUUCAUUAAAAUGAACAUUCCGGACGACUACCUCGACGCUUCUCGCUUCAGAGUAAUACCAGACAACCAAGAAGUGUAUGUACAUAAGUUCCAGGACAAAUGCUUAAUCAUAGAAAUUCUGUGUUUUCAAAAUAUGAAUAUACAGGAGAAGGGCAAUUUCUAUUUCUACGAUUUAGCGAAAGAAAAUGACAGCAUCGAAAAUGUUAUCAUAACAAGUAACCAUUCAGUGCCCCAUUCGCAAGGAAAUUACAUUCUGCUAGUCGGGCGCCAGAAAAUUAAAAAAAAUAAUUCUAGUACCCAUGAACCUAUUUUACUGUACAUUUGUAUUUUCCCCCUUGAAGAACACAAUGCAGAUAUAAUAAUAACGUGGAAUGUGCCAAAAGAGGAUAUGGAUAUUCAACCCGAGUUGGAAACUUUUAACGAAAUGAUGCAAUCCUUUAGAAUAUUGGAUUACACUUUAUUCGUCUGA